ACUUUAAAGUGUGUGAUAAUUUAUACCUUUGAACCAGAAUGGGUAAAGGGCACAGAAGGUGUGAAAUUUGUCAUAUUAAUGAGGCAUGGCCUAGGGAAGAGAAACUGCUCUUCACCAGUUUUCCAUUGAACCCAGAUCGCUGCAGAGAAUGGCUUAAACGAGUUGGUAACGAUGAGUUAGUAGAUCUUCCUAUAGAAAAGCUACAUGAGAGGAGAAAUCUAUGUUCCAACCACUUUAGAAGGGAAGAUUUCAAUAAAGCCGGCAACCGUCUGAACAGGGAUGCUGUACCGAGCCUGAAUCUGAUCGCCCCACCCCUCACUGAUGAGCAGUUGUUGCCAUUCCCACAACAUAUCUAUAAACCUUCGGAGUCACGAGGUAAGUUAUAUAGCUGUACUAGCUACUUCCGCGCGGUUUCACCCGCUCUGCUCGGCUCCUAUUGGUCAUAGCGUGAUGUUUCAUAGCUUAUAGCCUUCCUCGAUAAAUGCACUACCCAAUACAAAAAGAAUUAUUCAAAUCGGACCAGUAGUUCCGGAGAUUAGCGCGUUCAAACAAAC